AUAAAACUACUUUCCUCAUGUCGCUUAAUUCAAAGUGAAUGAAAGAAGAUCGAAUUGAAAUUCUGUUUGUUUUUUUUCAUCUUGCGCAUCCGAUAUCACGAUAGAUUUUUUUUUUCGUCCUCAGAAGAAAUGACAAAAAAACUCGAAAUACGAAAAAUGUUUAAACGGCAACCCAAAAAGCACAUUAUUCCAGUCCCCACUUUUAAACAGAAUCUACAAGAACGCCACUUUGUGGACGCAGGGAAACAGCUGAUCACCCGAGAAGACCGUCUGUUUGAGUUGAAGCAGGAUGGGAUUGGAUCCAAAAUGACGCUGGUGGAGGAAGAGGAAGAUUCAGAGGCUAGACUAGCAAAAGACUACGAGGACUGGAUGGAGUCGGUUAUGCAGACGCUGGAAAACUCCCUCGACCUCCAGAGUCUUGAGAAGCAGGAGUUACUGAAAGAAGCAGUCCAAGCCAUACUGCAGGAGGAGAAGCAGGACAUGCGCUGGAAAGGGUUUCAAGAAAAGGAACGCCCACCAUGGAGACCGAUGAAGUGUAAACAGAAACACGAGGCUCUGCUGGAGCGACUUGUUCAGAGGAGGAUGGAAGAAGCCCAGUUAGACUCAAGUGUUGAGAUACAUUCUUCCUUGCAGCAAUCGAUCAUUUGCAACGCGAAACGACUGAAAGAAGACUUGCUAAAAGUUGUGACAUGUGUGAGCAGCUGCUACCCAGAAGAGAUGAAUGUGUGCCAGUUUUAUGCCACACUGUACCAUAAGACCUUCAGUGCAAAACUGAGAGAAGUCGCAGAGUACACAUUGUGCGAUAAGGACUGCAUACUUUUAUUGCAGUGGGUGAACCAGGAUUACCCCAAUAUUCUAAACAGUGGAAAGAUAAAAGAUGUGAUCGAUCACACAAAGCUUGAUCCGCUGCUUCCUGAAGACAUGAUUGCACCACUGGAACAGCAGUUUUUGAUCACAAAGGAGACGGAGUUGAGCACAUGCCUUCACAAAAUUCUGGACAGAGAAGAAACAGCCUGGAAGGAGGGAGAACUUCCACAGCUGAGAGACCAGGUGUACUGCUGUGAUCAGGCCAUUGAUAUCAUCCAGUGCUUUCAUAAACAUGUAGUGUGUGCUCAGAAGGUGCUAGGCGAAGAGGCAAAGGCACAGAGGAUCAUAUGCCAGUUGAAACAUUUUCUGACAGAUUACAAAACAUUUCAUGACAAGGUCAUGAGGAGCAGGCAGACCAACACUGAGGCUGUUUUGAUGGUCAACCUCUCAUGCCUCUUACAGUGCAGGGACUAUAUUACAAAGAAUGCACAUCUGUUCCCUGAAGAUAUCAAAACUGAUUGUCUCUCAUUAUUGGCUACCAUGACAAGAAGCAGCCACUGUUACUUUACUUCUAAUAUGCAUAGGGAACUUAAGGACUUGUACAGGAAGGUGGGUUCCAGCGAGUGGCUCAAGAACAGUGAAGGUGUAUGUGAAGAGCUGCUGGCAAAGCUGGACAGACAUAUUCAGAAAUUCAUCAACUGGGACAAAAUGUGUUGCCAGGAGCUACUGAGUGGGAUGCAUAAGGAGUUUCUAGCCGAAUAUGUACGGAAAAUGAUGAAGCAAAAGAUCAAACUUUCAAAGAAAGCACAGCAACAGAUGGCAGCAUCAUUACUCUGCAUAAACAGUGAACGCAUACAUACAUACUUCACUGCAGCUGGAUCAAAUUUGGACUGGUUGAAAGACAUUCUUCCAAAUUUAGCAGGACUGCUGAAACUACAGGAUCCAGAUAGCAUAAAGUUAGAGUUGGUAACUCUGAUGAAGCUUUACCCUGAUCUCAGUGAACGUCAUAUUUCUGCUUGGCUGAGACUCAAAGGAAAUCUUUCUCCAUCUGACCUCAAGAUGAUCCUGAAGAGCGUCAUUUGUAGCCAGAAUCAGUUCAGUGAAACACAGGACUCACUCCAGUUUAGCUUCUUUUCCACAGUGAGGAUCAAAUGAAUUUUGCUUGAUAACAUUGCUUGUGUUCUUUUGCCUGCUUUUGUAAAAUUGCUCCUGCUCAGGCAUUUUGCAAUAAUUUUGUACAUACUGAAAUUCUUUGUGAAUAAGAUUGGAAAUCACCAUUUUUACUUUUUGUCUGUUUUUUACUCUCCAGUUUAAUGUGAAUGAUGAAAAAUAAACCUCAGAGAAUUUAUGGUAA